ACGAAACCACACCGAAACUUUCUGUCCUCUGUGCACACGGCCACGUUCAUUGCCUCAAUCUUUUCACUCCUUACAUUUAUAUUCCACUUUCUCUACACUGACCCCACUCUACCACCCAACACUCACACACACACACACACUUUUGUAUAAAUCUCAGAAUUUAACCGUUAAAAUCCUACUACUUCUUUUUCCUUUCCACAAAGAAGCUUCAAUGGCUACUCAAAAACUUCUCAGUUUCUUCCUUGUUUUCCUUGUUUUGUUGCAAUUUCUUUCUUCCGCAGAGUCACAGGCUUUUAUCGGUAUUAACUACGGCCAAGUCGCCGACAACCUCCCACCUCCAUCAGAGACAGUUAAGCUCAUUCAAUCAACAAGCAUUGAGAAAGUGCGUUUAUACGGAGCAGAUCCGGCUAUCAUAAAAGCAUUAGCGAACACCGGUAUCGGAAUUAUGAUCGGAGCUUCCAACGGCGAUAUACCGGCGUUAGCAUCCGACCCGAAUUUUGCGGGGCAAUGGGUUAGUUCCAAUGUGUUGGCGUAUUAUCCGGCGAGUAAGAUUAUUGUUAUUAAUGUCGGUAAUGAAGUCGUCACCUCAGGAGAUCAGAACCUUAUUCCUCAACUCUUGCCUGCUAUGCAAAAUGUCCAAAACGCCCUUAAUGCUGCUUCCCUUGGUGGGAAAAUCAAGGUAUCAACGGUACACGCCAUGUCCAUUUUGUCCCAGUCCGACCCGCCUUCUUCCGGGUUGUUCAAUCCAGUAUUUGGGGACACACUGAAAGCUCUGCUGCAAUUUCACAAGGAAAAUGGUUCACCUCUGAUGAUCAAUCCAUACCCAUUCUUUGCGUAUCAGAGUGAUCCAAGACCUGAAACUUUGGCAUUCUGUCUCUUCCAACCAAAUGCUGGCCGAGUUGAUUCAGGGUCCGGUAUCAAAUACAUGAACAUGUUUGAUGCACAGGUUGAUGGUGUACGUUCGGCGCUGAAUGCUUGGGGAUUCAAGGAAAUUCAAAUUGUGGUUGCGGAGACAGGGUGGCCAUACAAGGGAGAUCCAAAUGAAGUAGGCCCAAGUGUGGAUAAUGCAAAAGCUUAUAAUGGUAAUUUAAUAAGCCACUUGAGGUCUAUGAACGGCACUCCAUUGAUGCCUGGCAUAUCAGUCGAUACCUAUAUCUUUGCCCUUUAUGAUGAGGAUUUGAAACCCGGUCCUGGCUCAGAACGCUCUUUUGGGCUUUUCAAGCCUGAUCUUUCCACGACUUACGAAGUUGGCCUCUCAAAAAAUGCGCAGACUCCUACAACUCCAGUAACUCCAGUGACCCCUGCUCCAGCAACAACUCCCACGACACCGACAACUCCAGCAACUCCGGUUACACCAGCACCAAAACCAACAGUAGCUUCUUGGUGCAUGCCAAAGCCGGGAACUCCCGAUUCUGAAUUACAGGCGAAUCUCGACUAUGCCUGUGGCAUGUCUGGUAUCAACUGUAACCCUAUUCAAGCAGGCGGUCCCUGCUUUGAACCAAAUACUGUAGCAUCACAUGCUGCUUAUGCCAUGAAUCUUCUUUAUCAAAUUGCUGGCAGGAAUCCGUGGAACUGCGAUUUCUCUCAGACCGCUUCCCUCACCUCAACAAAUCCUAGUUACGGUGGCUGUACUUAUCCUGGUGGCAACUUAUGACGCAGAGAAUCUACUCUAGUAUCUAAAUAUAUAUUUGAUUAUGAUGGAGUAGUUUAUGGAACUAUAAAUGGUCGAUAAAUAAUCCCCUCCUCCCUUUUUUUUUUUCCGCUAGCUAAAAUGACCAGUAGUGUCUUUAAAGAAGAACUAUAUAAAUUUGAAGUGUAUAGUUCCUUAA